AUGCACAAAACACAGACGAAAACAAACGGACAGCACGUAACACAACGCAAACUCCAUCGACUGUUGGACCACGGCCACAACCACAGGCUCAACUUGCUCAGCUGCCAACACAGGCGCCGACGCGUCGGAGCGGAGCUUCGAAGAGAAAUCGUCGGAAGACAGGGCAGCGGCGAGGGCGGCGAUCUCCUCCGCCAUGGCAGUACGGGGAGCUUCGAUGUGGCGCCGAUCAGCAGAAUUUCAUCAGGUGGGGUACGGUUGAUUGGAAAGCGAGCGCAGCUCCCGGCGAUUGCAGUUUUUACGGAGAGGAUGGAAUUUCUGAAGAUGAAAUUCGGUCCAAAUUGGACGCGCCGUGAAAAGAGAGGACCGGCAGCCGAUACGGCGGCGUCCUCCGCCGAGCUCCAGCUACAUCCCCUCUUGGGGAGCAGGUCCGACACCGUCCUUGGCCGAGGGAGCACGCUCGCUGUCGCUGCCAAUUCAGCCUUGCCCUAG